GGGCGAUAAAUGGAAGUCUAGGGAAGCCUGAAAUUCAAAGUGGCUAUACAUGUACGUUGCUGAUCAAUGCAGUGAAUCUUGCCUGUGUAAAGAUGUCAGAUGCUGACCUGUUUGAGGUUCAAGCCUGCUGUACACCAUCAACCUUGGAGAGGUUAACUGACAGGAAGAAAGCUAUUGAAAAACUUAGCCAGAUACUCCAUCGUCCAGAGGUUAUCAGAGGUUUGAAUCGUAACCAUGAAAACAAGUGUAAAAGUAAGAGAGAUGCAGGUCUAUUUAGCUGGGACAACCUAUUCAAGUGUGUUAAAUGGCUGGUGCUACAAGAGGCAAAUACAAUACAGAAUAGCAAAGCAAAAACAGAAGAAACCAGGAAUGCAAAACGACUUGCUAUAAUGACCCUCUUCAAACUUGUUGUUAAACUUGCUAACAAAGGAGUGGUUAGGCUGAAAUGUGCAUCAAUAGUAGAUCACCUGUUGAAGGGCUUCAGUGAUGACUUCCAACGUGAACUAUAUGGAGCAGACUACAGCUCUGUCUUAUUGAGAGAUAUCCUCUCAGUUCGGAAAUAUUGGAAUGAUAUAACCAGAGAACAAUGGCCAAAGCUUGCAAAGUUUUUCUAUGCUGCCUACAGUGAUCCCCCUCCAAGAUUUGAUAAGUUGAUGAUCACCCGCAUUCUCUACCAUCUCACAGAGGGUGCUUCUCAGCAAUGUGACCUACGUCCUAGACGAGCCAUCAAGUUUUUUGUAGAAGUCUUCAAAAACAUUAAACAAGAGAAGACACUGGCAUUAAGAGAGUACAUGAUGAGGGCUGUCAACACUAUGUCAAGAGCUGUAGCUGUCAACAGUAGGAUACAGUUAUGUCAUCUUGGAGAAAACAUAGGAGUUUCAGUGCUGUACCUAUGGAAAGAGCAUCCUUCCCCAAUGCUGAAACAGGAAUUGAUAGAGUUCCUGCGUCUGCAGAUGGUGCUGCACCACCCUGCUGGGGCUAGGACAGAAGAUACUGGAGCCAUAGCUGGAGAUUGGGACAAGUGGAGGAGCCAGAUGCGGAGCUCAUACUUUCUUCUAGUACAAGAGUUUGAGGAGUUUGGUAGUAGAAGCAAGUUCUCUGGGGGUGCCAGUCGUGAGUUCUCAACUAUGAAAGAGAAUAUUAUGGAGCUAGCUGUAGACAUAUGCAACCAGAUUUUCCUUGAGGAUGUGACUAGUAUUGAUGUAACCCAGACAUCCUUCCUGGAGACCCAGGUUGGGGGUGCUGCCAAGAAGAGAAGGUUGGACUCUGGGUGGGAAGCCCUGAGGGAAACCAUUGAGACAGACGCUAGGGAGAGCAAUAGUCAGGUGAUAGCCAGACUGCAACUACUAAGUGCUUUACUUCAGAAUUACCCAGAGAAUGUUUCAGAGAAUAACCAGCUGUCAACUCUCUCCAUGCUCAUCACAUUGCAAACAGACUGUAAACGGACUGAUGUUUCCCUGUGGGUAAUGAGGGCUCUAAAGGCCCUAUGCCAAGUUAGCAAAAGCCAAGAGAGGUCACAGCUCACAGUAGAAAUGUGCCAUGCAUAUUGGCAAAUAGUAUGGACUUCAACUAUAAGGUCUGUGAGUCUACAACACAAUGCAGAAGCUGGUUUCCAAUUACUUGAUGCUAUGUUGUUAGAGAACCUUGUCACCAUAGGCAAAGACAUCUGGGCCCUCUUCUCAUCAGCUUCCUUAUUAGACUACCCUACUGCGAAAAUAGUACUCAUCAAUAUCAUUCAACACCACUCUCUUCCUGAAAAUAACCAACCAUGUAAUAUGUUUAGUGCCAUGACAACGCCCACUAGAGGGAGCUAUCCAUUGAGGUGCCAGCUUGUUGAUUGGUUACUUCCCAAAAGAGAGGAAUAUCAAGAAGGAGGAGGAGUUAUUACUUGCAUGGAUCCACAAACUAUAGGGCUGACUGCCAAUGCCAUUGCGUCACUCAUAUUGCAGAAUCCUCCCAGUCAUCUCUUUGUUACCAACCCUAAACACUGCCAGGAUAGUUACCUAAACAUCACCAUUGCAUACUCAAGGGCCAUGUUUAACACUCCUAUGUCCAGCAGUAACAAGACAAAGGAGCCUCCGAUAUCAGUCAAGGCUAAUGGCAUUCUGGGAAAGGUAUACCAAAGGGUUCAAGAAGUCCUAGUAAAACACAGCAAGGUACUGCACACACACCAAGGUAGAGACUUGACCCACAUUAAAGCCUUGCUGCAACAUUGCACACUCUGUGUAAAGCUAUGUGGUCUGUUAAUCCUAGAGGGUACACACACAUGUGAAGAAACUAUGGCAACUGAGCUCUUCUACUAUGUGAAGGGUCUCUUGAAGAAAGCCAGUAAGCUACUCUGCGAGGAAGUAGACUGUAGUGAUGCAGUAAGCACAUUGAAGACAACACUUCCCAUAAUACGUCUCAUGUAUGACUGGAGAAUAGUGGACCCUAGAACAACUGAGCUGGCAGGGAGAGGGGGAGAGAAUGCUCUGACUGGUUCAUGCACUGGUAGACUUGCUGCUGUAAUGGAACUCUGUCGCAGCCUCACGCCUCAUAGACUUCUAGAUCAGCUCAUCUCCACAGUUCACCUUGCUAGUGCAAACAAGACUCAAGGUAGAGAGGAGGUGCCAAGGAGGGGCAUAUCAAGAAAUACAGAUCUCAGUCUGGACUCUGAUGAAGACAUGAUGGAGACAGGGGUAGAUGAGGUUAAUGAGUUUGAGAGUCUCAAUAGUGCAGAUAAAGCCUCACAGGAUGAAGAGACACCACAAAGCUCUGGUGUCCAAUGUCUACUAGACACAGACCUUCUUUCAGAACUACAGGGAAUUAAAUUACAAUGUGUGGACAUUCUUGCUGCCUGGUGUUCUUACGAUAGGACCCUCUCUAGUGAGCCUACUUCCAUUGAUUAUCCUCUGGAGUGUUCAGCAAUAAGAGAAAAACUACUUGAACUACUUGAUCCUGGAGAGACUUGGGACUGCACCAAGUCAUUUGAUUUACAAUUGCUGCAGCAGCUUGCAAAUACCUUUAGUAAUCCAAGUCAGUAUCUGAACGAAGAGGAUCUUGGAUUUAUUAUAGGAUCUCUCAAAGAUGUGUUCACAAAGCACAGUUCUGACCAGGAGAUAUGUGAGGUUUUCUCCAGGCUAUUGGCCAAGUUAAUCUACAGGUUAAAACCCCAGGUUGGCCAACCACGAGAAAACCUAUCAGAGACACAAAAUCUUGCUCUUGGGCUUGUAAAAAUUUUCUGGGAGCUUCAAGAAAAAGGCAAAUAUGCUAGCAAGGUGCGGCUAGCAACAGCUACUUGUAUGAAAGAACUAAUACAGCAUGACCCUAGUUGUGAGUGGAGUAAAUGGUCAGUGAGAGAAGACGAUGAAGAUGAGAAUGUUACUAUGGUUACUGUUUUGGUACAUAAUGAGUUCCCAGAUACAUUCAUGGAUCAGCAACAUUCUCUCCAGAUGUAUACUGCACACAACAUCAAACAUCUGUUUGGUCAUUCAACUGAGGAAGGAUGGGAGGCAUUCAACAAGACCAGGCAACUAAGUGCUUUCAAGAAAGUGUUAGAGCGGCUUGAUGAUAUGAUGAAUAUAGAAGAGAAAAAGAGCGAUGAAGAGAGGGCUGAUGAACUUCACAACAAGACAUCUGUGUUCCUGCAUGCAUUGGCCACCAUAGCUACACACAGUGAUGUCUGUGAGAAGCAACCCCUUUAUGCAGUGAUCAACUCUGUUGAGGAGAGCAACACUGACAUAACCCUAGUCAAGAAGGUCCUGUGUGAGAUAAGCAGGCUGAGAGGCUAUAAGAAUUUUGGCAUCUACAUGCAGAGCCAUCUAUCAUACAUCUUACAUAGAUGGUUGGACAACCACAAGCUCCACAUUUUCCCAUAUCAACUAGCUAACUGUACUUCAUUGGAGAAUUUCUUCAGGUGCAACUAUCAAGCAAUUGUUCCCUACCUGGCGAUGAACAGAGACCAGACUGGUCUAAAGGCAUUGUGUGAUGUCAUACAGACCACCCCGGAGGAUCUCCUGCUAGAGUGCACCCCUAGAAUCCUUGUCCACAUUCUCCCUUUAUUUGCCGCUAACAAGCACUGUAGUCUGAAGGGAAAGGAGGUGAAUCAGGCAACCAAGUGUUAUGAUUGGCUGAUCAAGCAGAUUACUGUUGAGGCAGUGAAGAGUUGUAUUCUAAAGCAUAUGGAUGAGAUAGUUGUUGAUAUACUCAUGACCCUGUAUGACCCUGGUAACUCAAAUACUGGCAAGGAAGACACAAGUGCCAUAUGUCCAGAGCCUAACCCACCUUUCUAUAGCAGGGAGAUUGUAACAGCCACCUUAGAGUACUUAAAGGAGAACCAUAGCAGCAAGGCAGGCUCCAUUGUAUCUCUCCUUGCUCGGACACAUGAUGAUGGAAUACAGAAGGUUCUUCUCUCACUCAGAGUGUCUCUCUCAACAUCUCAUUGGCCCCAUGAAAGACUACGUUUCCUCCAGAUGUAUACACUUUUCACAGGGCUAUUACUUCAAGAGUUCGAAGACCAGCUGGGUAAUUCUUGGGCAUUUGUUCUCCGUGAUGUCACCUACACGCUCCUGCACACCAUAGAGAGGCUGGGAAAUAGGGAGCCCCAGUGUGUUGCCAUGGCAGUAGAUCUCCUCAUCUCAUUAUGCAAGGUUACUGUACAGUGCUGUCCUCAGGAGUUGAGUAACUAUGUGUGUGUUAUUGUGAACACUGUAGUAUGCAUCAUACAGAACCAAUCUCAACUCAAAGAGAAGGGACUUGGCCUCCUUAAACUGUUGGUGUUGGACAAUGCUGAUGUUCUCCAGAAAGGCAUAUCCCUCCUGCCCCCAUUCCCAUCAGAUGGUCAGUUUGAUACACUACAAGCUGAGUGGCACAGAAUCAAAUACAAGGAAGGAGCCUUUACACUGAAACAGGAACUACUGCAUUUUUUGGAAGGGCAGGAUGGCUGUCAUGAGACAACAGGACAAAGGCUGGAAGGACUUGUGUUCCUAAGGCAACGGCUUGAAACAGACAAAGCGCAGUUAGCAACACUUGUUGCUGAGUGUGAAGAAAAAAAGACUGAGUGUGUGUUGAUACGUCUGGUUCAAGAAUUAUGUGACAUCUCUGCUAGUCCCAACUCCAAAAUCUGUCUUGAAGCCGCAAAAUGUCUUGGUGAGAUUGGCCCUACUGACUUAUCUGUUGUUGCCAUGACAGAAAAUCACAUGACUGCACAUUUGGAGAGUGCUAUGACAGUUUAUAAGGAUAACCCAAUCAUGCAGCGUAACUGUCAGAUAUUCCAUAUACUAAGCAGCUAUCUUAUAGACUCAUGUGUUGAGACAGUGGUUGCAUCAAGUGCUGUAUUGAAGGCUCUACUGGCCACUCAGGCUGGUGCAAAGUUUGCAGCAAGCUACAAACAGAACAUCCAAGACUAUCUCUUCAACUAUCUGUAUCCAUUCCGUACCAGUAAGAAAAAGGUUAUUGGUAGCAGCCAGCAGGAGGUGAAUGAUGAGAAGUUCCUUAAGUGCAUUGAUGACCUUGAUCUCUGGUGCCCUGGUCAUGAUGACCAUAACACAUGGUUGAUAACACUUGUCACAUCACUCAUUGAGAGUACUGCUGUCACUGAUGGCAUCUUGCAACAUUUAACCAAUGUUUGUAAAGUUAAGGUAGCCUUCUGUGAGAUGGUCCUGCCAUUCCUUAUUCACAACAUUCUACAAGCAGGAAACCAAACACAUAGAGAAGUAAUUUCUUCCCAAAUGAGACAUUUCUUUUCUCAACAUUGCAGUAGAUCUGAAGAAAUAAGUGGGCGUGUCACAACCCCACAACCUUGUUCAUCUUCAACCAGAAAGGGUGGAGUGUGUAUGAACAAGCGCUCAGUGAGGACCCUGCUUAGCGUAGUACAGUAUCUGCGCACACAAGAUAGGCCAAAACAAAAGAAAGUAAGCCAGACAGCUUGGGAGAACAACUUCUGGUUGGAUAUCAACUAUUUACAACUAGCCCAGGCUGCACAUAACUCAACAAAUCACUUCUCUGCCUUACUGUAUACUGAAAUACAUUGCUGUAUAUGUGGAGAAGAAAGUGGGUCCAGCAGUGAGGGGGGUUCCAGUAGGUCGAUAUCACAGGGCAGUGAGAAUGCAGGGACAUCCCUGGAGUCUCUUUCCUCUCUGCAGGGAGGUAUUAGUGUACAGGCCCUACUAUUGGAGGCCUACAAGUGUGUAGGGGAUCCUGAUGGUGUCUAUGGCUGUGGGGCUGGUAGGCUAGCUGAGACAUCUGCCAGGAUCAGAACAUAUGAGCAUGAAGACAAGUGGGGCAAGGCUCUCAGUGCCUAUGACCUGGAGAUGUCCCACCCUAUUACAGCCACUCAACUAGGUCUUUUACAUUCCCUGCAGAAGUUUGGUGUGUCCCAUGUGCUAGAAACGUACCUACAAGGUCUGGUGUUCCAAGGACUUGAUCAGACUCCAGAAAUACAACACUUCCAGUAUGAGACUUCAUGGAAAAACUGUAACUGGACCCUAGAUACACCAAGCAGAUUAGAUGAGAAGUGUGGUUUCAAUGAAGGCAUGUAUAGCAGUCUGUGUGCCAUUCUGGAUAAAGACCAAUCAAGGUUCCACACUGCAAUUGAUAUGACUAGACACAGCGCCAUCUGUGCAUUGGGACAAGGCAGUAUGGAGAGUGCACGCUGUCUGUACUCAUCUCUGGCCACACUGCAAAGUGUCAAUGAAACACAACACACUGGAGAAGCACUUUUCAAUGUACUGGGGACUAAUCAACUUCUGCAACAGUGGAAACAACAGGACAUAUGUCUUAUGAAUGAUUAUGAGUUCUUGGAAGAGGUUAUGAUCACAAGGUCUGUGCUGCUAAGGGUAUGCCACCAACAGAGGCCAAGAGAUGUUACACUGUACAAAGGCCUCAUGGAGCACCUGGAGAAACAGGCCUGCUUUGCUAGACAGGCAUCAAGACUUCAGGUUGGGGAACGCUGUAUGGCACUACUGAGAGAGACAGAGAGGGAGGAGUUAGGUGUUGUGUGGUCAUGGCGAUUAGAGGAAGCAAGACUGUAUUGGGCAAGACAGGAGACAGACACAGCCAAACAUAUAUUAACAAACCUGCUUCAGAAGCUGGAACAGGCUAAAGAUGUUGAUAAAUCUGCGGCUUUGUUAUACCCUUUGGCCCUGGGUAUCUAUGGUAACUGGCUUGCAGAAACAAGGUCUGAGAACCCUACUGUUAUAAUGGACCAGUACCUGGAGAGGGCGGUGAAGCUUUGGGAGAACCCAGACAUCAAGGAAAGCAGAUCAUCAGCUCUAGAUGCAUAUCUCUCACUAGCAAGAUUUUCAGAUACCCAGUAUCAGAGCAUAGUUUCUUACAUGAAGUCCUCCACAUUUGAAAGCAAGCAGACCCACCUGAGGAAAGCAAAGACUGAUGCUCAAAAACUGUCAAAGUCGAUGUCCAAUGAUAAAAGUGUUAAAAGAUUUGUGCAGACACUUAAAAAGCAAUCUCAGAUUGAUGAUGCUGAGCUGAAAUCACUGGUAAAGGACAAACAAAGGUUCCUUCUAAGUGCUCUGCUUAACUCACUCAAGUGCCUGCAAUACGGGGAUACGCAUGAUCUACGAGUCUUCCGUAUGACAUCACUCUGGUUCGACAAUGCAGCUAAUGAUGAAAUAAUCCAACUCAUAUCUGAGCGUAUUCACAAUAUCAAGACAUACAAGUUCCUGCCACUCAUGUACCAAUUAGCUGCCAGAAUGUCCAUGAGGGCAUUGGGUAACCCCCUUGAUAGGCUGAUAGAAAGGACUGCUAUGGAGCACCCCUACCACACAUUGUACAUCAUUCUGGCAUUGGCAAAUGCUAACAAGGAUGAUGAGCUGACACCAGGUGCCAAGACAGCCAAACAUGGAAGCACUAGCAAGUCCACAAACAACUCCCAAGAGCAUGAAGAAGAGGACAGAGUAUGCGCAGCUAGAAGCAUGGUAGAACGGCUGCGUGCCACUGGCCGAGGUGACAUUAUUAGCCGAAUGGAGGGAUUAUGCGAGGCAUACAUACAGCUGGCUAACUGGGAUGUGGACCAGUAUAAGCAAGCUAAAAAGGCUGUACCAUUGCACAAAGAUCUAAUGUUUACUAAGCUGAUCAAACAGCAACAUUUCACCGAUAUUGCGGUGCCAACCAUUGACAUCAAGAUUGAUCCUACUGGUCAAUACAACAACAUCGUAGAGCUAGUAGAGGUCCGUCCAACCUUUACUCUUGCUGGUGGAAUCAACCUUCCUAAGAUUCUUGAGAUAUGCGGCUCUGAUGGAAAAUGGCGACGACAAUUGACUAAAGGUCGAGAUGACCUUAGGCAAGAUGCGGUCAUGCAACAGGUUUUCUCAAUGGUGAACAGUCUCCUGCUUAAAUAUCCUGACACAAAACAACGUAAACUGACAGUCAGGACAUAUAAGGUAGUGCCAUUGUCACAGAGGAGUGGUAUCUUGGAGUGGUGUGAGGGAACCAUGCCUAUUGGGGAAUACCUUAUAGGAACCAAUGGAGCGCAUCCAAGAUAUAGAGCCCAAGAUUGGCCAGCUCUUAAGUGUAGAAAGACUCUUCAGGAAGCAACAGUGGAAGAGAAGUAUGAGGCUUAUACAAGGAUAUGUCAACAUUUCCAACCUGUUUUCCGGCAUUUUUUCUUCGAGUCUUUCAAGGAGCCUUCAAAGUGGUAUGAGAGAAGGCUCGCUUACACACAUAGUGUGGCAACCAACUCAAUAGUGGGCUACAUUUUAGGACUAGGGGAUCGGCACGUUCAGAAUAUCCUCAUAGAUAGACACACAGCUGAGUUGGUCCACAUAGAUCUAGGUGUUGCAUUUGAGCAAGGUAAGAUUCUGCCAACACCAGAGACUGUUCCAUUCAGGCUGACCAGGGACAUAGUGGAUGGUAUGGGGAUAGCUGGGGUAGAAGGUGUAUUUAGACGCUGCUGUGAAAGUACCAUGAAAGUGAUGCACCAGAAUAAUGAAGCUCUUCUUACAAUUCUGCAG